AAGGAAGAGAAAGGAACAAGGAGGGGGAAAGAUCAAGGAGGAGAACGACUCUCAGCUGCUUACAAACUCUUUUUCUCAGGUACCCACCCCACCUUUCUCUUUCUUUGUUAUCGGAAUGGACCCCUGCUUGGUUUUGGAAUGGAAAAGGACAAAGCUUUUAAAAUGCCUCAAGAAAAGGAGAAGGCUUUGACGUUUUCCUCUGUUUGGUUCUCGAGAAAAGAGUGGAAGUGAGGAAUAAAGCCUUUUGCUUUUCUUUUUGUGUGGCUGGUUGUGGAGAAAGUAUGCACGAGAAAUGAGGCACUGCUUAUUGUACGGAAGGUAAAAGGAGAAGGUGAUAAGGAAAAAAUGGUUGUUCCUUUGCUUGUGUGGAUGGAUAUAAGAGAGGGGGUGAGGAAGGUGGAAUAAUGACUGAGGAAAAGGGAUGAAAAUUCAAUUGCAUGUCUUUCUCUAAUGGGUUUGAUGCUCUGUGGCUAUGCAGAAACUCAAUGGGGAUUUUGUGUGUUAAGUUGGGUUUCAGAAAGGAGACUACAGACAACAUAUAGCCUCCUCUGUUUGGCCUCAGAAAAGGAAGGAAAACAAAAGGAAAAUAAGAUCUGGACCUUACGUCAUUUUUUUUUUGUUUGGUUUCCGGGAAAGGAAGUACAACCAAAACUGAGUCAAAUAGUGCUUCCAAAUACGUGUAAGACCAGAAUGUGUAGCGCUUAGGUUCGAACUCGUUAUUUAUUUCUUCUUUUAGGAAAUUUUAUAAGAAAUCAUUAGGACACACUAGAGAGCCACCGCCAUCAUCUGCCUUUAUCAACCCAAAACAACCCCAUCAAAUUCCCCAUACCCAACAGCUCUAAUCACCAUAACCGUGUGAUUUACUUUCACAUCUAGGAAAGCAGAAGGUAAAGAAAAAAAUUUGAAGGAAUCAAUCUCAAAUUUUCUUUAAUUCUUCUUUUUCCUCAUUAUAUUCUCAUCAUCCAAACAGCAGCUGAGGACUGAUGUCCUAUUUGCUUUGGACUACGGGCCCAAGUAGCCAUGCCAAGACAGUCCCAUAUUCCUGUGCCUCCUUGAUGCAAGCGAAGGCGCUUAGAGAAGCGGAAAUCCACAUUGUUGAUAUGCUUGCCAAGACAGUAGAAGGGUCCACUCCAGCUUCUGAGGAUAUUCAAAACUCCUUGAAGCGUACUACUUCAAAACCCCUUCCUCACAUUCAGGGAACAGAAAUUCACUCUACUGCUGCUCACUCAGUACCCAUCCAAACAUUAAGAGAUGAUUUCCUUCUGUCGGUGUUUUCUAAACCACCAAUGGUUUCUCCAGUGACACCCUCAAGAUACACUACUCGACAUGCAAAAAUGGUUGCCCGCCAGCGUGCUUCCUUAAGGCACAUCAUUUCUCAGGAGUUUGAAGGGAACCACUUAUCUGCUUCUCCCAUGGAACCCCUUGAAGCUAUGCCAAGGGAUUCCUCUCAUGCCCCCUCAACGUACUACAGACGACAUGCAACAACGGUUCUUCACAAGCAUGCCAACUUAAGCUCAGUCUCUACUCAGGGGUCAGGGGAAAAACACCCAGGUGGUCCUGCCUCUUUACUUCUUGAAGCUGCAAUUGGCAACCCAGCGCCCAUAGGUCCUGUACCUUUUGCUGCUACCACAAAUGGCAGAGAGCAUAUUCCAUUAGGGGAGGUGACCACAGCAUCAAAUAUCUUUGAGAACAGGCCAGAAGAGAGUACCCACAAUCAGGAGCAAGAGAAUGUGCAUCUAAGCCAAUCUCUCACCCUUAGCCUGUCAGAGAUGGCUGGUUUGUGGGAUGAUGGCACAUCUGGUGACAGUGGGGUGGGAUUUCUUGCAGUUGAUUCUUCUUCAGUAAUGGUGGGUGAAUAUAGAGUGAAGGAAGAAUUUGCGCCUAUUCUCAGGGCUGUUCUUUUGAAGCAUGGUGACAUUGCUGCAAACUGCUCCUUGCAAACUAUGCAAUCCCGUUCAUCUUUCUUAGAGAUUGUCUGUGCCAUUGUCCACAAAUUGCAAACGACCAGCCUCCCAUAUCUCACACGAGUUGAGAUCAAUUGCAUGCUUGCAAUUGUUGUGGAUCUUGAACUUGUAAGGAUAGAAGUUGGCUGGCUUCAUCAGAGGCUGAAAGAGAUUCUUGAUGCAAUGCAUCUGGUCAAGCAUUUUACCACCUUGAAAGAGGAACAAAAGAAAAAACAUUACCUCAUGGAGGAGACCAAGAAAGAGUUGGAAGCACUACAAGAAAAGGUUCAUUUGACUGAGGAUAAGCUGGCGGCAAUGAAGGCCGAGGCUUACAAAUUUAGUGAAACCAUCUCAGAUGCCAAGAUCAAGGUGGCGCACUUGUACCAAAGGCCCUUACUUGCUGACCUGCUUUGAUUUUCCCUCCCACCUUUCUCAUAUCUCUCACACAUUAUGUUGGAAGUCAAGCGAGUAAGGUACUGCAUGGAACUCUUCCAUUCAGGGUAGAACUCUCUGUAAAUUAACUUGAAACCUUGGCCAAUGUAUAACCUUAGGCACUGCAUAGAACUUUACCAAUGGAAGGCACUCCAUAAAACUCUCUCUAUAUACCUUCUUGCCUAUUUAGAAAAACAAAAAAGAAAAAGGGAAAAAAAAAAAAAUGCAUCAAAACAUCAAUGUCCUCUUUAAAGAUCGGAGGCAACUAAUGUCCUCUUUCUCCAAUAUCAAAACAUGCAUCAAUAUAGAUAUUUCAUAUGCCAAUGCUUCCAUCUGGGCCAAAAAUUAUUUUAUGUUUCUUGUAAGAUCCUCACUUAUGAUCUAUACCUUAGAAAUUUGUGGUUGUUGUUGAGAAAAUUUUGAAAUACGUUCCUUUGGAUCUCCAGAUUCCUGUAAUUAUUGGGGUUGACAGUCUGUUUGAUUACCUAGAAGACAGUAAGUGGGAAAAAUACCCUGCAAUAUUCGAGCAUGUUGAGCAUGUACUGCAUGUUAUAUGAGUUACUAAGUUUCAUUUCA